UAGUCUCCCACCCUUCGUUCACGCUUUGGUGGCUGAGAUGGCGGCGGCUGAGCUGGAGUAUGAAUCCGUUCUCUGCGUGAAGACCGAUGUCAACGUCUACCGCAUCCCGCCGCGCACUUCCAACCGCGGGUACAGGGCAUCUGACUGGAAAUUGGACCAUCCAGACUGGACAGGGCGGCUUCGUGUCACCUCUAAAGGCAAAACUGCAUACAUAAAACUGGAGGAUAAAGUUUCAGGAGAACUCUUUGCCCAGGCUCCUAUAGAUCAGUACCCUGGCAUUGCAGUAGAGACUGUGACAGAUUCCAGCCGUUAUUUUGUUAUUCGAAUUCAGGAUGGGACUGGACGAAGUGCUUUUAUAGGCAUUGGCUUCACGGAUCGUGGUGAUGCCUUUGACUUCAACGUCUCUUUGCAGGAUCACUUCAAGUGGGUAAAGCAGGAGACUGAGAUCUCCAAGGAGUCCCAGGAAGCUGACACACGUCCUAAGUUAGACUUAGGGUUUAAGGAAGGGCAAACCAUCAAACUGAACAUUGGGAAUAUGAUGACAAAGAAAGGAGGAGCAGCCAAGCCCCGUGCAUCUGGAUUAGGUGGCCUAAGCCUGCUGCCACCCCCACCAGGAGGCAAAGUUGUAGUCCCUCCUAUACCUCCCCCUUCUUCUACAGCCAUUGCCAACCAUGUCACGCCACCACCUGUGCUGAAAUCCAAUAACAUGAGCAAUGCAGAUAUUCUAUUAGACUUAGAGGCUCCUGCAUCUGCAUCAAAGGCACCAGCAUCAGCUACCACAGACCUCUGGGGAGACUUCAGCACUGCAUCCAGUACUGUUCCAAGUCAGGCUCCUCAGCAGUCCAACUGGGUCCAAUUCUGAAUGGUGAAAAGGAUGGGAUGGGACAAAGUGAUUACCAAGAUGCUCUAGAGGCAAUCAAAUGGGCACAAACCUCUCUAGUCUUCAAUCAAAAACAAACUGGGACAAUCCUUCCUCCUUAAACCAGAUCUUCACUUCAGUUAAAAGUUGUUAUUUAUGAUCCCACAGUAAAACCACUGAACCUAAAGAGAACAUACUGACUCCUCACAAGAUGGGCAAGGAGGAGAGAGGUAGCCUCAUUUCUUCUACCCACUUGGUUGCUACAUGGUAUUACCCUAGUUCUUUUUCUGAAUCUUUCCAUACAGGGAAAGCAAUCCUGAAGAAGGUGGGUACAGGAGGAAGCUGCUUAGCUGCUUCUGGGUUCCUUGUCCUUUACAUUUUUUGCUUUUUGUGGCUGCUUUCACUGGUGACUUGAAUCUCUGCAGCUUGGCCUGCAGUACUGAGGAAAACUGCUUUUGGCCGCAGCUUGUAAACAGAAGCUGUAAUGAGACAGGUUUUGUCUCACACAAAACCCUCUGAUUAAUUAUGUCUCUGGUGAAGAGGGAACCUCCGCAUGCAUGCACUACUCUCCUUCUCUUUGAUUCAAUUCCUGAUAGUGCUGGAUGUUCAUGUGCUUUGUGGGAGGAAUUAUGCAAUUGCUUGAGUAGACCUGCUGCAAUUUUGCUGCAGCUCCAAGUGGGGACCCCAUCAUGAGGCUUCUUUUUUGGCUCGUAGGUUCAUUGGAGGAACUUCUCUAUUUUCACUCCUUUCUCUCUCCCUCCCACCCAAUGUAAAGUCCUCAUUGUCAUUGUUUUAACUGGAAAUAGCUUAAAAAAAAAAAAGGCAAGUCUGUUGCUGCAGUUUGGUAGGUAGUUGCACUAGAUGACAGCCAGGUAGUUCCACCACUCAACAUUUCAUGUUCCUCUGUCAUUAUGCUGAGCCUUGUACUGUGACUGGGCACUGUUACAAGUAUUGCAUGUCCCUGCCACAGUAAGAACUGUGGCGGGACAGUGAAUUACUCUCUGGUGAAGGAACAGGCUCCUUCUUUUCAGCUCACAGUUAGCAUUUGGGCAAGAAAUGUGUAGUAGGGCCAACCUCGAGAACAGC